CUGUUGGUCCAUGAACCUGUCUGACCCUCUACCUGUCCAGGUGUCGCAGACCGAAGAGCCAGCAGCCGUCUGUGGUGCUGAUGUGGGACAGACUGCUGAUGGUGGCCGGAGCCUAUAACGACACCAUCCAGUUCCCCAUAGAGGAUCACUGUGUUUUAGUUGGAGAGCUGGACGGAGUUCGGAUCAUCAGCUCAACCAAUCAGGAGCUGCUUCAGGAGGUUCCUCUGGUCUGUCAGGACAUUUUCAAGAUCGCCUCCAUGGCUCCCGGAGCUCUGCUGCUGGAGGCCCACCGGGAGUACGAGAAGUCGAGUCAGAAGGCCGAUGAGUACCUGAGGGAGAUCAAGGAGCAAAGCAUGCUGGGAGAAGCAGUCAGACAGUGUGUGGAAGCAGCAGGACACGAAUACGACACCAACACCCAGAAAUCCCUGCUGAGGGCGGCCUCCUUCGGGAAGUGUUUCCUGACCGACUUCAGUCCGGAUCCGUUUGUGGCGACCUGCAGAGAACUCCGAGUGCUGAACGCCGUCAGAGAGAGUGGCGUGGGGCUGCCGCUCACACACACUCAAUUCAAACAGAUGACUCUACAGGUGCUGAUCGACAGGUUGGUGUAUCGACAGUUUUAUCCAUUAGCGAUAGAGAUCUGUCGUUACCUGAAGAUUCCAGAUUAUCAGGGAGUCAGCAGAGUCCUCAAACACUGGGCUUCAUGCAAG